AUGCUGGCCUAUCCUCCGCUGGAGCGUCGCCACAAGAAGGAGGAAACAGCCUGGACAAUGAGGGUCACGAGGAAGCAGAGCGGCGGUCAGCAAACGGUAAUCAGCGAGCAUUUGCCCGAGAUCUGGGGCCGCUCUGUCAAGCACGGAAUCUACGGUGUAGGCAACACGCUAAUUGCAUGGCGUUCCAGCUUGGACCAGUUGGUGUUCCGUUCGUCGCGGGUCAUCAUGGAGUGCGGCUUGGCUGGCUUCGCCUUCGCCGAAAACCGACGCUUGUGCAUCGCAAGAUGCUACUACGCGGACACGCGUGUUGGGGGUGCCCUGCGCCUUGUCCUGUAUAGCGUCUCUGUACAGCACCUCCGUCCGGUGGUCUCGUCGCAUCUAGCAACAUCCGAAGUCGAAGGCGCAGGGCGUUCAACCUUGACCGAAUCCCACCGUUCCAAAGCGGAACAUCGGGCGGGCGCGGUCUGCCAAGUAGUCCCGGCCCGCCCGCACAGGGAGUCUGUUGCUCGACAGACUUACAUUACGCUAGGUAUCACAGGCCCUUCAACAUCAGCUAUCUACCCCGUCCUGCGAGACGUGGAACUGCGGACGGUCCAUGUUCUCCCCAAGACUCGCGUCGUGUCCACCGCCGCCGUCUGCAUCGCAGCUGCUGACGACGGUAGGAUGACCAAGAGCUUUGGGCCUAGCCUCCCCUUCCCGCCAUUUUCCCAGCGUAUAGACGCUACCGCUGAGGCAGACUCGCAGACAGACGGGAACCGAGAUUUCGCGGUCAACACGAUCGUUGCCCAGCAUGGGCGCCAAGGGCUAUGCUACGGCGACAACGACAUGGAUAGAACGGGCGGGAUUCACAUGCGACUCGAUCCUCCACGGCCUACUGUCUAUAGCAUCUUGCGCGCCUCGGUAGAACUGGUGGCUAUAGAUGCCGUCGAAAUCGAGCUGGUGGCACUCUGA